AUGGUUUCAUACUGUCGCACUGUCGUCCCUUCCGCUAUUCCCUCCCGCUCCUUCUCCCCAUUCCGCCUGGAUCCUCCUCUCUUCCCCCACAUCUGCUCCCCCGCUCUGCUCCCCACCCCUCCCCGCCCCCUCACCGUGGGGCGCAAGCGCGCAGCCUUUCCCCGUCCCCUCACCAUGGGGCGCAAGCGUGCAGCCCUCCCCCGCCUGCUCUCCCCCAGCACUUCCCCCUUGGGCUUUGGGGGCGGAGGGGAUGGCUCCAGCGCAACUCUCAAGAUAACUCCCGUUGGCCUCAUUGUCCCCCUCCCCUUCUUCCUCCCUUUUCCCCCUCCCCUUUUUCUUCCUUCCCCGUCCCCUGACCAUGGGCGCAAGCGCGCAGCCCUCCCCCGCCUGCUCUCCCCCAGCGGUUCCCCCUUGGGCUUUGGGGGCGGGGUGGAUGGCUCCAGCGCAACUCUCAAGAUAACCCCCCUUGGCCUCACAGCUCCCCUCCCUCCCCUGCUCCCCCUCCCUGUUCCCCCUCCCUGUUCCCGUCCUCUUUUCCCCUCCUUGAUCCCCCUCCCCUCUCCUACUUCCCUCUCCCCCCUCCCCUUUCCCCCCCCCCCCCAGCCCCGUCCCCUGACAAUGGGGCGCAAGCGUGCAGCCCUCCCCCGCCUGCUCUCCCCCAGCACCUCCCCCUUGGGCUUUGGUGGGGGAGUGGAUGGCUCCAACGCAACUUUCAAGAUAGCCCUUCUUGGGCUCGCUGCCUGCCUUUUCUGCCUGCUCAUCCUCGUUAUAGUCGUCCUCUUUGCCCUGCUCAUCAGCAUGCGGUGGUCGUCUGCUGACGUGGCUGCAAGCCUGGCAGCACGAGAGUCACUCACUGCUGAGUCGCUGAGAGGGAGGAAGGCGCAUCCCGGCAUGGUGAUGAAUCAGCAAGGCAUGGUGCCCAAUACCACCGCUGCUGCAGGCAGUAGCAGCUCCCAAGAUCCAAUAAAAAGGUCUUAUAGCGAGGAUGGUAACAACGAGAAUAAGGACCCAGCUGGUGCUGACGAGGAUGAGGAUGAUGAUGAUGACGUGUCGGGCGGCGGGCUGUCGAGCCGGCGGAAGGAAGGUGCACGGAAGCUUCAGCAGUGGAGGGAGUUUUUCAGAGGGGUGGUUCUGGUGCUGCACUUUAGCAGAUGGGAUGGGGAGAUGAGUGUUGGGGGCGAGGAGAUGUAUGUGUGUGAAAUGCCAGUGACUGCAGGCCAGCCAGUGCGGGCAUGGCAGACGCUGGAGUUCUGGCGCCACGUGUACGGCCGCGUCUUUGACAAUAUGGUGACAGUGUCAACUGAAGCCAUCCCCGAGCUGGGGGUUAUUGCGGCAACACCCUCCCCUGCAACCAACACCGAUGCCUCUCUCUCCUACACGGCUCUCCCCACCAUCAUGGAGCAGCACGCCUCAGCCUCGGGCUUCCUCUGGCUGGACGACGAUGCAGUCUUGAACUACUGGGCCCUGGCUGAUGCCCCUCUUGAUAAGAACAAAAUCUGGUACCUAAACUCUUCCAACCCAAGCCAUCUCCUCACCCUCCCCCUCGACCAGCCGCCCUCCGCACCCAUCCACACCGCACUGGACCCCGCGGAUCUCCCCACACACAUCUCCACAUCGCUCUCGCACCUCUCUGAAUCCCUCCGAGCCCAGCUGGACCGCUCUCUUUGGCCGCGCCACCUCUCCUUCCCCCUCGCCGCCUCCGCCUCAUCGGCCUUCUUCAUCCCACAAAGGCUGGUCGACUCUGCUGCUCUGCACGUCAUCCCUGUAUUCGCUGCCGAGGCCAUACCUGCACAGGUCGCCUUCCCCUCGUCGGCCGUCUUAAUCCCACAAAGGCUGGUCGACUCUGCUGCUCUGCACGUCAUCCCUGCAUUCGCUGCCGAGGCAAGGCAGUACCCGCACAGGCGUGUGCUUGAGUGCGUGCUCUCGUGGGUGAAGCAGACACACUCUGCUGCUCUGCACGUCAUCCCCGUGUUUGCCUUUAUAGCCAUACCCGCACAGGUGGCCAUUCCCCUUAUCCUCUUCACACUCAAACAUCCAAAUCAGUGCAUUUCCCCAACCGUGCCCCUCACCACACCCCUGCUCUCCCCACACCCCUGCUCUCCCCACACCCCUGCUCUCCCCUCCUCCCUCAGGUGGCCACUCCCCUUAUCCUCUUCACACUCCAACAUCCAAAACAGUAUGACCCUCGAGAAACGAUGGACUCAACUAUUGUCGCAUCCCUCCUCCCGCCUUGUGGCCCCCCGCACCCCCUAUUUCCUCCUCCCUAUCCCCUUGCGGGGGAGCAGAGUCCACAAGGCGGGAGAAUAG